AUGUUUGAAGCUAUUUUUAACGAGUUAUCUUAUGCGAAGCUCUAUAACGAUAACAGUAAAGUGCGAUCAAAUGGUUUGGUGAUGAAUGUGCAUUUAAACAACGAAAUUAGACUGAAGUCAUUCGCCUGGAGGCAAACGUGCAAGAAAGUCAAAGUCAAAUAUAUGGGCUCAGCAUUUACAUCAGGGAAGCAAUUGCUUCGUCUCACGAAUUUUGCUUUGGCUGCGCUUAUUUUACAACGCUCUGGCGAUGUUGCUUUAUUACUGAAUCCUGGCUCCAUAUCUACUCAGUUGCCAAAGAAACACCUUCACCUUGGUCAAGUAAACGUUAAUGGUCUUAGGAACAAGACAAUGGAGAUUAAAGAUUUGCUGAACGACACUGGAAUUCAUCUCCUCGCUCUCACUGAAACGAAGUUGGACAACCUAAUUCUUGACGGUUCUGUGGCUAUUGAGGGCUAUCAGUUUUUAAAAAGGAAUAGAAAUGGACAUGGGGGAGGAAUUGGCUUAUAUUCUAAAGACUGUUUAGUCUGUAAAGUAAGGAAUGACCUAUGCUCGCCGUAUAUUGAAGAUCUCUGGGUUGAAAUUUGCAGACCAAAAGCGCCCAAGAUGUUGUUAGGAAUAUUUUACUGCCCCCCAAGCGCUAAUAAAGACUAUAUGACUCAUGUGUAUGACUCUUGGGAUAGGGCCACGGACGAAAAUUAUGAAACAUACGUAUUAGGUGAUUUUAACAAAAAUUUGUUUAACCAGGAAGACUCAGCGCUCUUAAGAUCGUACGCUGACAUUUGUGGUCUAACUCAAACUGUAUCCGAAGCGACAAGAACAGUAAAUACUGCUCGUUCUACAACAACAACAUGCCUUGAUCUUAUAUUCACCAAUAAUCCUGAACAAAAUAUGUCUAAUAGACACUUCCCGAAUUUGCUUGAGUGCACACGAAACAAUAGCUUGGAAUCGAGGCGGACAAUGUAAUCCAUUGGAAAACUAUACUUAUUUCCAAUGGAUUACAUUGUCCGCCUCGAUUCCAAGCUAUUGUUUCGUGUGCACUCAAGCAAAUUCGGGAAGUGUCUAUUGUAAAGUUAUUUCUGUAGGUUUUACCGAUCACGAUCUUACGGUAUUGUCGAUAAAGUCUAAAAUUCCCAAAGGACCUUCGAAAGUGGUUUACAAACGUAGUUAUAAGCAUUUUUCUGCAGAGAAAUUUAUUAAUGACUUGAAACUUAUUCCGUUCUGGUUGGUUGAAUCGUCGGAUGACCCUAAUGAGGCACUUGAUACAUUUCUUAAUCUGUUCAGAGAUAUUGCGGACAUUCAUGCCCCUAUUAGGAAAUAUACAGUUAAAUCAAAACCCGCUCCUUGGAUAACUCAAAAUAUUCGCGACUUAAUGUUGAUGAGAGAUGCAGCAAAACGUGAGGCGAAGGUCUCUGGUUUUCCUUCUGACUGGGCGGUUUAUAGGAAAUUGAGAAACCAUGUCGUUAAGGUCAACAGAGAAAGCAAAAGAGCAUAUUUUCUUGAAGCUAUUAAUAAUACCAAAAAAGAUCCAAAGUCAAUGUGGAAAACAAUAAACAAUCUGUUAGGACGCUCAAAUUGUCCAAUACCAACUUAUGCAGAGAGUAAUGGUGAAAUUUACACAAAACCUAAAGAUAUUGCCAAUCAUUUUGCAAAGUUCUUUAAUGAAAAAAUAAAGAAAUAUAGAUUUGAGAUGUCCAACCCGAUAGAUACGGAGUAUGUAACUAAAUCAAUUACCGAAAUAAUGACUGGAAAAAACUGUCGGUUUGAGUUCUCAUCUUUAAGUCUUUUAGAAGUUCACAGCUGCCUUGCUAAGCUUCCAGAUACUAAAGUGACAGGCGUAGACGGCAUUGAUAAUUUUUUGCUUAGAAUUGCGUCGAAUAUCAUAGCGGAACCUAUUAGAUACAUUUUUAACUGUUCAUAUGCGAAGUCAAUAUUUCCUGAUCAAUGGAAAGUAGCUAAACUACACCCGAUUCCCAAAGAUAAGAAACAGCCUUUUGAAGAUAUAAAUAGUCGACCCAUCAGUCUUUUAAAUGUAUUAA